UAUUGUCAUAUGCGUUUAUCUUCACUCUGAUGAGAGCUCAGACGUGAUAACACCUGUGGUUCCCCAUCCUGGUAGGAGCUGGCGUGACAGCUGCUGGCUGCCUCCUUUUCAUUAGCCAGAGCUAUUGGAUUUCCCACCCAGAAUCUUUAGGCAAAUGAGAUCAUGAUUCUGGAAGGAAGUGGUGUAAUGAAUCUCAACCCCAGCAGCAGCCUCCUUCACCAGCAGCCAGCCUGGACAGACAGCUACCCCACGUGCAAUGUUUCCAGCGGGUUCUUCGGAGGCCAGUGGCAUGAAAUCCAUCCCCAGUACUGGACCAAGUAUCAGGUGUGGGAGUGGCUGCAGCACCUCCUGGACACCAACCAGCUGGACGCCAGCUGCAUCCCUUUUCAGGAGUUUGACAUCAACGGCGAGCACCUGUGUAGCAUGAGUCUGCAGGAGUUCACAAGGGCAGCAGGCACGGCGGGACAGCUUCUCUACAGCAGCUUGCAGCAUCUCAAGUGGAAUGGCCAGUGCAGCAGCGACCUGUUCCAGUCCACGCACAAUGUCAUUGUCAAGACUGAACAAAACGACCCUUCUAUUAUGAACACAUGGAAAGAAGAAAACUAUUUAUAUGACACCACCUAUGGUAGCACAGUAGAUUUGUUGGACAGCAAAACUUUUUGCCGGGCCCAGAUCUCCAUGACAACCACUGGUCACCCUCCUGUUGCAGAGUCACCUGACAUGAAGAAAGAGCCAGACCACCCUACCAAGUCGCACACCAAAAAGCACAACCCAAGAGGGACCCAUUUGUGGGAAUUUAUCCGUGAUAUCCUCCUGAACCCAGACAAGAACCCAGGGUUAAUCAAGUGGGAAGACCGGUCUGAGGGCAUCUUCAGGUUCUUGAAAUCAGAAGCCGUGGCUCAGCUAUGGGGAAAAAAGAAAAACAACAGUAGCAUGACAUACGAAAAGCUCAGCCGGGCCAUGAGAUACUACUACAAAAGAGAAAUUCUGGAACGGGUAGAUGGACGCAGGCUGGUGUAUAAAUUUGGGAAGAAUGCUCGUGGGUGGAGAGAAAAUGAGAACUGAGGCUGCCACCUCUUGGAACACAAAGCAAAACAUGCACCAGAUAAAUAAUAACCAGCAAAGAACUCCUGGACGGAAAUAUUUCAAAGACUACUUUUCUCUGAUAUUUAUGUACCACGAGGAGAAACAUCGACUUCUAACGGCAAGAAGGAACACUACAGUUGAUGGAAAGUUUUUUGUUACUUUGAAGUAUGUCCUAUAUGGGGAACAAAUGUACACAGUUUUCUGUGAAAUAUGAUGCUGUAUGUGGUCACGAUUUGUUUUUGCCUCUGUCGUGAAGCUUUGAUUUCCAUCUGAAGAAUAACAGGGCUUAUUGCCUUGUGCUUCUUGCUAAGAGAAAGAAAAAAAUCCAGAGGGCAUUAAAUGUUUUCAUAUGCAAAAUGAUUUAGGAAAAGACUAUGUGUCCUUUGCACAUGAGCACCCGCAGGACCUCAGCUAGAGCGAGGACAUGGCUGUUGGGUUGAAGUUCAGAGUCUCAGAUUGAUGGGAUAAAUCAGAAGGGUGCUGGAAAGUUUAACCCGAUAUUUAAGAGCCAGAGAGUGAAGAAUGGGGGAUUUCUAGAAUCUAGGGUGGGCUAUAAUCAAUGCAUAAUCACGUGACUUUGAAUGUUUCAAUCAGUGAGAAUAAUGGUGGGGGGCUUUAUAUUUAUUCAGAAUGAUUUAUCUGUUCUUCCUUUCUCCUAGAAUUGUUGGAGAAAACUUGGGGGGUGGGGUGGAGAGGAAGAGAAGAACUGUCCAGGGAAAACCCUCUGCGUGUAUUAAUUAUUACGAUCUGUCUUUGAAUCAUCUCUGUCCCAUCUGAACUCAUCUCAAAGUGAGUGGUUUAUUGCUGAGACUUGCAUUCAGAGGAAUGUUUUAAAACAAGAAAGAAAGAAAAGGCAUGGAGGAUAGAAAAGACAAACAGAAAAUUCAGCUCAGGAGUAAGGUUUUGGAAGCUUUUUCCCUAGUACUGGGAUUAUUCUGGAAUAGCUGGUGACCCACUUGACCAUGAAAUCCAGGAUAAAAAUUUGUAGACAAUUUGAAAAUUGAACAUCACGAUUCCUUGUGCAACUUUACUUUUUGGCUUCCUCAUGCUGUUGACUUUCUCCUUCAUCCUGCCUGUCUGUCUUCAUUGAUUAUAUGGAAUGAAAACUUGUGUUUAUAUUGAUUAGAUAGAAUGAAAACUUCAUCAGCCAAUAGAGCCCCACCACGGUGUCUUACCCGGCAAAGGUGAGGAAUUCAUACUAAGUGGUUGCUGAGUACUUGUAUAUAAAGAAGGCUGGAAGUAAGAAAAAUUAAAAAUUCAUUUUACUUACAAUGAGGACUAUUGUGGGUAGUGAUCUUGGAGCACCCAUGAUCUACCUUCUGAAAAUAGAGACAAAUUCAUUUCAUUUCUAUAUAGUUUGGUCAACCUCACACGGCUUUUAUUAACAAGUAACAGUUAUUGAGAGGACUCAGAAAAGUACCACUGAAGAGCAAAGAUCGGCUAUGGAACUCAGGUUAUUUCUGCAUAAAAACACCUUACUUUCUAAAGUUAAAAAACAUGCAGACCUUCCCACCAUCUGGCUACCUGUGUAAACAUGCAGGUGUUUGUGCAUCCCCGAGUGUCUGAACUGUGUGAAGCUGUUGGAUUAUCUGCUCAUUUUCUGCCACUCUUUCCCUGGCUUUGCCUGUUCAUCAUCUCCACUAGCUAAAUCUUCACUGUGCUCACCCUUCUUCAAACCUAGAGGUUCCGUACACCCCCUCCUGAGGGGCUUUGGCUCUUUCCACAGCCUUUCUUUGAGGAACAGUCUUUGCUAUGCAGUAGUUAAGUCUGGGAAGGACUAAAGAGAACAGUUUUUGCAGAUAAGCAGCAAAUUGUGUUAUUCGUUGAAAGUGACAGUUCUUUGGCACCUGGCACCUAUUGAAGUAGGCUCCGGUAUUAAGUUCUCAGCGUAUCUCUCUGUUGUCUUGGCUUGACUUUGCUGCAUUUUCUAUGUGCUAUUCGUGACUUGGAGAUCACAAGGUAAUCGAGCUAUGCCAACCUGGGGUGUGAACAGAAUACUUCCUACUAGUGUUAAAAGGGAGUGCAAAGGUCUCCUGAGGAAUGUCCCCUUUGUUUUGGGGCUACAGCUUCUCACUUGAGAAACUUAUCUGAUGGAUGUCCACCUACUCACUGAACAGUCUCCUAAAAUCUCUUUAAAUCAAAGGCUCUGUUCUCCUUUCUUAGCAAGUUAUGGGAAACUAAGUCACACGCUCGACUGCUAAGUCUUCACAAGACUUAGAUCAUCUGAGACACCACUUGUGUUGAUAAAAUCUGACCAAGGUCCUGGCUCUCAGAACACACAGUUUCUUGAAGGUGCCACCUGAGCAGGGCAGACCCAAGUUACGAGCUUUCCUCUGAACAUGCUGAUCCUUUUUUUAAAGUUCUUAUCUCACCGGAUUGUAAGCUCUUUGACCCCAGGGAUCAUGUCUUCUUGCUAUUGUUUCUCUGGUACCUGGCAUGAUGCAGGUACCACAGUAUAUAUCUCUUGAAUUAAUGAGCGAAUGCCUUCUAGAAGACUUCUCUGAUUGGGAGGCCAUAUCUAUAAUUGGAACAUGAAUCAUUUCUUCACUGGAAUAUGAGACCACAGUCAAAUCUUCCAGGAUAUAUUAUCUAUUAUGAACAUUUUACUGUGAGACUUUUUACUUUCCCUUUCCCACCAGCGCUGAAACGAAAUCCAAACAGGCUGUUUGGUUCCACAAGUCAGCGUGUGUUGGAGGAGAAUUCUGUUAACUUAUGUGGAACUGUGACACUUCUCUGGUACAAGGCACCCGUAAUUAACCCCUUGACGCCAAUGAAGAUUAUGAAUGUGUUUAUACAAUGUAAAUUGCUAUUUAAGCAUAACAGAGUUGUAAGUUUUGGUAUUUUGGGGUUGGUUUUUAUUUUAUUUUUCUUUUUGAGGGAUCUUUUGAUAAGGUUAGUAGUACAUGUUAGAUUUUCGUUUUGCAAGUGUGUUGUUUUUCAGAUGUCUAAACUAUAAGAAAAGGUAAGGCACUAAGGGGGCAAAUAAUUAUAUUAUUCUAUAGUUUUCUAACAAAAGCAUUUGGUGAGUGCCUACCGCAUGGAUCCAUAUACAUGAGGAGCUUGUCUUAUUAUGCAGAGUACAGCAGAUCGUCCAUGUGAACUUACAGGAUGGAAGAACAUCACAGUACUCCAACAUCUGAACAAAAUUACCCUCAGUUUUGGUUCUCAGGAUUUGGUUUCUGGAAUCAUACAGCAUUGAAAGAAAGAAACAGAAAAAAAAAAAAAACCGUUGAGACUUUGUGUAAUAAACCUUGGAAACAUGCAGGCCUUUACAAGUUGAACUAAAUUGGGAUUAAUCUUUCUGUAGCUAUCUAAAUAAGUCUUGUUCUUCUUGCCAUCUGGCUUCUGGGUUGACAGUUUGUGGAAAGCUACCCUACUGCUUCUAUUUUUUUUUUAAACAGAAAUCUUUCCCUUUAAACUAUGUUAAACUGAGCAUUCCUAUUUUAUUAGAAAAUUAUAUUUUUCAAAAUAUGGGUUUUUUUUUUUUUUUUGGUUUGUUUGAUGGGCCCCAGAAAACACUAAUAAAACAUACAGAAACCAUCCUGUAAA